AAUUGAGACCACUACAACCUGUCCACACCUCCGCCUCACAGUCCCGAAAUAACCGGGGAAGCGCGCGCUUCGGGAUUCAAGCUUCCAUACACAACGUGACCAUCAGCAGUAGGCUAUUCUAAUCCUCAAGAACAGCUCCAUUCAUCACUUAUAAAAGCGCGUGGAUGUGUCAUUUUUCAGUGCACCCAUACACCCAUUAACACGUGUAAUAUCUUGUUCCUGCAGUUAUUCGGAACCAAAACUCAUUCGUACUGCAUAUAUUUUGAGAUUUGCUACUUCCAAAAAUGCCUAAAUCUGCAAAUCGCAACAAGGACUAUGCGCGAGGAGUCUCAAAUCGAAAGAAAGGCCUCUUCAAGAAAGCAAACACGUUCUACAAAUUCUACGGAGGAGAAAUUGGUGUUUAUAUAAAACACAAAGGUCGAGUCGACACGUACGAGUCCGUGUCUGGAAUUUUUCAAGCUAUGCCAUCUCGGAUACAUCGCACCGUUGGUCCAGAUGACUUCGAUACUGUCGCCGAUAGGCAUUUCACCCCGGAGUCUAAGGCUGACAUGGACAACGAAUCAACCGCUUCGUCAACAUGCACGGAAUCGACCGCUUUGUCAACAUGCACGGAAUCUCCGCAAUCUAGCUCCUGUGGCGAAGAAGGAAUGAGCCGAGAGUCCUCAUUUACUGUCAUGCCUGAAGAUAGACUUGGAGUAUCCGAGAUGUCCGAGAUGUCCGAGAUGUUGUUUCCCUUGGAUGAGACAAACUUAUUGCGCUUUGAGCAGAACGAGCAGUCCAUUUCUGAAAUAGGACAGACUUGUGUAUUUCCGUCCAGCCUUGUCACUACACCAACCCGUAAAGCUUCUAGCGAUAGAGGCUCAGCUUGCAGCCCUCAAGUCCAAGGGGCUUAUAAAAGUCAAUCAAGAAUUUUCUGUCCAACGCCGAUGUCAGCUAGGACUGCUAAAGCUUUGCUAGACUUAGCGGGGAAGUGUUUUGAAAAUUAAUAACGCUGUAUCUUCACAAAGAAAGACGGGAAUGUCUCAAAAAAAAUCUGCUAGGACGAGUUACU